AUCUCUUUCUUUCUGGAUAACACAGAGACAUCAAAGGAGACCAAAGAGAAGAGUUCGGUAGUAGAAGGAAGCCAUGGCGACAGUAGUCCAGUGUCUUUCUUCAUGUGCGAAUCUCAAUUCCAAAUUCAAUGUCCUUUCGCUUAAGGGAGCUUCUUCUUCUCCAACUUAUUCCUUCUCCGCUCGUCGUGGUGCGUCGGCUACUGUCUGUUCUUCCCUUAGCUUCUCCCAGAGCGUUUCUCAAUGUGUCUCCUUCUCUACAGGGAACAUGUUGGUACAGAAUAGGCCAAUGAGGAGGCAAAUGAUUGUGUGUGAGGCUGCUCCGACGAAGAAAGCUGAUUCAGCUGCAAAGAGAGCUCGCCAAGCCGAGAAGAGACGCGUUUACAACAAAUCUAAGAAGUCUGAAGCUCGUACUCGGAUGAAGAAGGUCUUGGAAGCACUAGAUGGGCUCAAGAAGAAAGCAGAAGCGCAACCAGAUGAGAUCGUUACCGUGGAGAAACUGAUAGGAGAGGCUUAUUCUGCAAUAGACAAAGCAGUUAAGGUUAGAGCGCUACACAAGAACACUGGUGCGCGUAGGAAGUCUCGCUUGGCCAGGAGGAAAAAGGCCGUUGAGAUCCACCACGGUUGGUAUGUCCCUGCCACAGCAGCAGCAGCGGAAGAAGCUGUGGCCAUGGCUGCCUAAAAAGAACAUGGACUAAGAUUAAGAUUGUUUUUGCUAUAAGAUAACGUGGAAGAUGUGAAAAUUGCAUCAUGUAUAAUUCAGACUCUUCUUUUGAACUGUUGAAUCUAAAGGCUUUUUGUCUUGAUAAUUGGCUUGGGCCUUAAUCUUGUUUAGUAAGGUCUCAGGUUUUUGGCUCCGGCA